UCGGAUGACGCGUUGCCCGGGCUUCCGUGUUGGGAGCCGGUGGCGGAACCCGGGACGAGGAAACCUGGGGUGCCGGCAGCGGGGCGGCCCGCGGGCCCAGGGCGGGGAUGCACCGCCGCGGGGUGGGAGCCGGCGCCAUCGCCAAGAAGAAGCUUGCGGAGGCCAAGUAUAAGGAGCGAGGGACUGUCUUGGCAGAGGACCAGCUGGCCCAGAUGUCAAAACAGUUGGACAUGUUUAAGACCAACCUGGAGGAAUUUGCCAGCAAGCACAAGCAGGAGAUAAGGAAGAAUCCUGAAUUCCGGGUGCAGUUCCAGGACAUGUGUGCAACUAUUGGAGUGGAUCCUCUGGCUUCUGGAAAAGGAUUUUGGUCUGAGAUGCUGGGCGUGGGGGACUUCUAUUAUGAGUUGGGCGUCCAGAUUAUCGAAGUAUGCCUGGCUCUAAAGCACCGGAAUGGAGGUCUGAUAACUCUGGAGGAACUACAUCAGCAGGUGUUAAAAGGAAGGGGCAAGUUUGCCCAGGAUGUCAGCCAAGACGACCUGAUCAGGGCCAUCAAGAAACUAAAGGCACUGGGCACUGGCUUCGGCAUCAUCCCUGUGGGCGGUACUUACCUCAUUCAGUCUGUUCCAGCUGAGCUGAAUAUGGAUCACACCGUGGUGCUGCAGCUGGCAGAGAAAAAUGGGUACGUGACUGUCAGUGAAAUCAAAGCCAGUCUUAAAUGGGAGACCGAGCGAGCGCGCCAAGUGCUGGAACACCUGUUGAAGGAAGGGCUGGCCUGGCUGGACUUGCAGGCCCCAGGGGAGGCCCACUACUGGUUGCCAGCUCUCUUCACUGAUCUCUACUCACAGGAGAUUACAGCUGAGGAGGCCAGAGAAGCCCUCCCCUGACUCAGUAUUGAAGGGAUGCACAGCAGGCAGGGAGAAGAGGGAGGACCUGUUGGUGAAUAAACCUGGACAAUGUUGUUUAUAAAAGAA